ACAAGAUCUCGGCGCUGUAGCUGCAUAGUAUUAUGAAUUUAUAUCGUUACAGAAACAUGGCUGUACCGGUAUAUGAGGAUGUGGUGGAUAACUUUAGCUACGGUAUAUCAUUCAGCCUUGGAUGGAUAUCAAAUCUGUAAAUACACCAUGCCUUAAACUCUAUCGAACUCUAAAACCUUUCAAGAAAAUGGAAAAUUAAAAUAAGUGGGGCAUUAUCAUUGUUUUAAUCAAGUAUCAACAAAACUCUUCUAUUUAUCAUCACUAUGGACACAGAGGCCGCCAAAUCCUAGGCAAGUGAUUUAACUGUCACAGUCAUGGAUGCGUCAGUGAUGCGAUACGCAGACGGUCGAUAUGGAGCUGUCCGAAACAUCUACGAGGAAACCAACAUUCGCCCAUUCUAUAUGUCGCCUAUGCACUAUCAAUCUUACUUGACAGGACGAGGACUGGACGAGGCGAACAUGCAUGGCAUGGUCCCCCCACACAUUGUCAACAUGCCUCAUAAAUGUAACAGUUGUGGUGCUGCGUUCGAGAGAGCAGAACAGCUGAAAGACCACAACUGCUUGCAGGCUGGUGUAAAACACACAAACUACAGUAUGUAUGGGAAUAAAAGUAUGGUAGCACCGGUCGUACAUCCGUCUCAUAAAGAGCACAGUAACGAAGCUGUCCUAGACACUUUAAAGGACCCAAGAGCUAUUGGUGAUAUGGGAAAAUCAUGUAACAACACAGUUCCCCAAGAAAGGUGUCCAAGCGCUACUGAGUCCAUUCGUGAGCAACAGCACAAUGCUGGUCCAGGGAGAAGUGACUUCUGUUCUGAACAUUUAAAGGAGAGUGUUCCCAUGCCAACAGAGCAGAAACCGACGGCAUGUAGUGCUGACAUAUGUGGUCACAACUAUGGAACUGUUGAGUACCUUAGGGAACAGCUCCGCAUGCAGACAACAGUGAAACCUUUCAUGUGUAUCUUUUGUGGGCUGUGCUUCAACGGAACACAUGUGAAUGACCAUAAUUGCCGCCAGCGAACAGAAAAAUCACAAAGUAACGACCUGAUGUAUGGAAGCACUGUUGAACAGUUGAGAGAACGUAUAAGUAUGCAGGUUAUGAUGAAACCAUUUCUGUGCAUUCUUUGUGGAGAUUAUUUUGAGAGAACGGACAACAUCAAUGCUCAUAAUUGUGUGCCACAUGCCACUGCUGCCAUUGCUGCUGCUGUUGCUGCCACGGAUACAACCACAAAGAAACCAGACACUGCCGCAAAAGUACAGAGCGUAACCCCAAAAGAGAAACCAUAUAAGUGUGAGGAAUGCAACAAGGAUUUUAGUCGCAAAGAUCACUUGAAGAAACACAUGGGAAUUCAUGCAAAGGACAGACCCUUCAAAUGUGACAGAUGUGAGAAAGAUUUCACCAGGGCUGAUCAUCUUAAAGAACACAUGUUUGUUCACACUGGAGAAAAACCGUACAUGUGUGUUCUCUGUGGAAAAGGUUUCAAGAGAUCUGACCAUCUAAAGCUCCACAAUUGUUCUCAAAUUACAGAGAAGCCGUUCAAAUGUGACCUGUGCCAGAAGAGUUUUGCCCGAGUGGAUCAUUUGAAGAAACAUGGCUGUAUACAUGGUCCAGAACGAGAGCGGCCAUUUAUUUGCGAUAUUUGUGGGAAGGGUUUCAUUAGGAUUGAUCACUUGAAGAAACACAAGCACACACAUUCAACUGAGAAGCCAUUUAAGUGUUUUGUGUGUGGUAAAGGUUUCAACAGGUCAGAUCACCUCAAGAAACAUACAGAUACACAUUCUUCGGAGAGGCCUUACAAAUGUGAGAUUUGUGGGAAAGGAUUCAAUAGAACAGACCAUCUGAAAAAACAUAAAUACAUUCAUUCACCAGAUAAACCUUUCAAAUGUGAAAUUUGUGGGAAGGGAUUCAACAGAUCAGACCAUCUGAAAAAGCAUAAUUGUACACACACAAUUAAAUCACCCAAGGACUCCGUAUAUCCCUCUAUGGUGCCGCCCAUGCCUCGUAAUCCGACCAUUGUUGAAUCAUUAGCACAAAAUCCAAAUACAUCAGAAUCCUUAUCACGAAAUCUUACCUUGGAUUCUGUGUCCAGAAACACAACAAUCGGGGAACCUAUGGCUCGUAAUGCUGCUAUGGCUGUUCCUGUAGCGUCAAAGGACACGUCACAAGACACAAAUGAUGACACUUCUAGCCAAAAAGAAUAUGGGUCUGACAAGUCAACUAGUGACAAAAGUCAAACUGCAGUACAGAAUUCUGAACGACACUUUUCUCCAGAUCCUUUUAAAUUUGAACAUUCAGAACAUAGACUCGUUCAAAAUCUUGUUGAUGAGAAUCUUCGGAAACUGUUUGCUGACAAAUCAAUCAUGGAACAGUCUUCAAGGAAUGAUACACCAAGUGGUCCCACGUUUCCGCAAUCAGGUCAAAUGAACUUACAGCCUGGGCGAAGUAUUUCAAGGUCAGGACAAACAGUGUUGCCACCAGGGCAGACAUUUACGCAGUCUGGGCAGAAUAGUACACAAUCUGCUCAAACAUAUACUCAGUCCAGCCAAAACUUUUCGCCGUCUGGACAAGCCAUGUCAGAUUCUGGGCAGACCAUAAGUCAUGCUGUCCAAACAUUUACACAUUCUGGUCAAACGUUUACUUCUGUCAGUAUGACACAGUCAGAACAAAGUUUGACACAGUCAGGACAAAGUUUGACACAGUCGGGACAAAGUAUGACACAGUCAGGACAAAGUUUGACACAGUCGGGACAAAGUAUGACACAGUCGGGACAAAGUAUGACACAGUCGGGACAAAGUUUGACACAGUCGGGACAAAGUAUGACACAGUCAGGACAAAUUAUUACGCAGUCGGGCCAAAGUAUGGCACAGUCAGGACAGCAUAAUGUAACACAGUCAGGGCAGAAUAUGUCUGGACAAACCAUAACACACUCUGGACUCAGUUUUACGCAAUCUGGUCAGAAUUUGUCUCCUGCGGGAAACCUUUUUUCACAGUCUGGACAUACGGGUAUACAGAAUGGUUUCUAUAACAACACUUCAAGUUUACAUGCUGUGAAACCGUAUGAAUUUGAUCACCGUAAUGUGAAUAAUUAAUCAGCUAUUAUGUCAUGUGAAAUACACAUUUGCUGAUAAGACAUAUACUUGUCAACUGACAGCAGUCUGUUGCCUGUUUAAACUGUUCAACACUAUACUGACAAGCUUUUAGAUGACUCAGAAUGUAUAUUCUGAUCACCUGACAUUGAUGACAAGUGACUUGGUCGAGAUAUAGAUGUCUAGAUACAAGUCAAUUUUUUAUGCCAUGAUGUGGUGUCUGUAGUCUAUCUGUCCGGUGUCUAUGGUCUGUCUGUCUGUCUGUCUGCUACAGGUUUUGCUCUGUAAGAAUCUAGAAAUUUUGAGCUUGAUUCUUAUGAUACUCCAGGCAGAGCUAAGGUUAAGGUUAGAUCUUGCACUCUUUCCCUAUCCCAAGCUCUGUGAUGGUAUUAAAAUCUAGAGGUUUAACCAAUAAUAGAAAGCUGUCCGCCUACAUUGGAUAGUGUAAAGCUCAAAGCUGGACAAACUUAGAUAUGGGCAAUACAUUGGUGAUUUUGUUUUUGUUGUUCGUUCAGUCUUGCUUGAUUUCGAGAUGACAAAGAAAAUUUCAAUUGAUUUGAUGUUUUUUGACAUAAUUUGAAUCGGGAAUUCAUCAACUGAUUUUUGUACAAUGUUUUCACAAUUUUUGGACUAUUCCAUUUGUGCUAAGAAGUAUUUUUAGCUCAGUUUACCUUAUAUUAAAUGAUAAAUACAUCCACCAAAUUUGGUUUAUUGUAGACCUAUUACAAAGUGCACAAGUCAUGAUUAAACUGAUUCAAAAUUUUCAUAAACAUCCUUAACGUAUGUUCCGUUUGUUUAGAUUAAGCAUCUUUCAAUCCGUUCAUUCAGAUUUAUUUUUCAGAAGAUUACAUGUUCUGGUACUAGUCAAGAGAAUCACAACAAGGAUGAAAGACGCGCAAUUAUUCGAAACCUUGUUCUUUCUGAUUCAUUUGAUUUAUAAUGUUACACAUUUAGAAUAAUUCUUCUAAAACUUUCGAAAUCUUAUUAAAUAUGUACUUGUCUUCAAUUGAUAUAACUGUGUAUAUCACUUGAGGAAAUGGAAUAAGAUUCUUUGUGAAAGUCUGAGUGCAAAAAAGGCAUCUAUGUUGUCAGAAUUAUAGCACUUAUGAAAAAUCCUCUGAGACUGACCAUGUUUCAAUAUUUCCAACUCCUAAAUGAUGAAGAGACCAGGUGAGCGAUACUAUUGAACCUCUGGCUGAGCUAUUUGUUAUGCGGAUGGUUUGAUGGCGACUCUUGAUGUGUUAUAUUUGCAAAACAUUUUGUGCCAAUCUUUGUAAGGCUGAUUUCACUGUUAUAUUUGAAAUGUUGCCCACUUCUGAUGAAGAAUAUUGCAAACUUUGAUAAAAUUUAAUGAUCUACUCACAAGUUGUUCACAAAAUUUAUGCCAUUGCUUAUAGAAUUUUCACAUAUGCUUUUAUGUUGUUAGAUUUUUUUAUACUUGUUUGUUGAACUCUCGAUCAUGCAGUGCAAUCCUAUCGCUAUAUUUUAUCUCACUGUGCUUUUUUGUAAAGGCAUGUUGACUCUAGUGAUGGUAAGAGAUGUUGUAAAUGUUAGAUAACAGGCAUUUGACCUAGUGUCAUUGAUGCCUGUGUGCUUAUGAUAUCAUCUCUAGCAAAUUCUGAUCUGUUUUAAACUCUUAUGCCUCAAUAUAUACAAGCCAUAUUAUAAAUUUUACAUCAUAGUGAUCUGACCGUACAUCUAUUUGUCACGUUAAGGAUAUAUCAGGACAUCUGUGACACAUGUUUAAGGAUAUAUGAGUACAUCUGUGACACAUGUUUAAGGAUAUAUGAGUACAUCUGUGACACAUGUUUAAGGAUAUAUGAGUACAUCUGUGACACAUGUUUAAGGAUAUAUGAGUAUAUCUGUGACACAUGUUUAAGGAUUUAUGAAAGUAAUGGAAGCACAUUACUCAGUAUAAGAUUGAUUCCAGCGUAAUAUAUCCUACUUAUUUUAUUUUUGUAUACUUUGUUAGAAGUUGGAGCGCUGAUGAUGUUUUCUCUUUUGUUUUGUGGACUUCAUUUUUGACGGUGAAGUUGAUAUCGUGAUUUGGUUUUUCGUGCCAGCAAUUUGUUCUGUUGCUUUGAUUUUUCUCUUAUGAUACCUCUUGAUGUAUCGAGUGGAAUGCAACAAAAUUUUGCAUAAAUAUUUUGAUGAAAAUUAAAAAAAAUUAUAAGCACAGCAACCCCUUCUUCCUUGAGCAUGAAAAAAGCCCCAAAUAUAUUUUUCAAAGUUUAACAAAGUUAAAUUUAAGAUACAAAUGCCAUAAAGUUUAAUGUAAUGAUAAUGUGUAUAUAUGUUUGGUGGUGUAGAACUUUGAUUCCAAAACAUUCAUUAACAGGUGUGUGAUUAUUGGGAUUAUUUGUGAAAUGUUGACAUAUAUGCAGUAUAUCAUGUAGUCUUAUGUGUCUGCAGUAUACAGCAAAAUUUUUUUUUAUUUGUGCAAACAAUAGAGUCACAAUGCACAUAUUUCUUGUCCACAUGACUUUUUUGUGCGAUAUAUUCAUACUUGUUACCAAAUAUUCAAACUGAUGUUUCUUUAGAUAACAUUUUGCCAUCUGAAGGUUGUGUAUGCAUUGCUUUUGUUUUUACCCAUUUUUACAAAGCAUUAGGCAUCUUAGUUCACCACAGAUAUUAAAUUAUGUGUGACAGAAUGUGUUACCUCCCUUUGUACUGCUAAAGGAGGCUGUGGAGUCUGUUGAAUUACUACCAGUAGGCUCAUAUAUCAGAAAAUUUGCCCGAACAUGAUCUUUUUUAUAAACAUUAGUUAAAUAUGAUCUCUGAUCCGUCAUUGUUGAUGCUGUGUUAUUUUUGUAUAUGACUGAGUGCUGAAGUUUUAACUGAAAUUAUUUCUUAAGAUAAGUUCCAAAUGUAUUUUGGGCUGUAAUGUAUUUAGUGUGUACAGCGGCAAAUCUACAGGAAAAAAAGUCCUUUUACGAAAAAAAAAGCCUGAAAAAGCCUGACUCUCGUGUAUGUACAUACACAGCAUCUAAUCUAUUGGGAAAUACUUUGAAAUCAGUACCUAUAUAAAACACUCAAUCCAUAUGUUUUACUAGGAAAGACUGAUCACCAAGCUUGUCAUUGUUUUGUAAGAUGGAGAUCCUGCAGAUAUUUGUUGAUAAACAUCUAUAUUAGAUGAUCUUUGACCUCUGACCCCUCUGAGCGUCUACAUGAUCUUUGACCUCUGACCCCUCUGAGUGUCUAGAUGAUCUUUGACCUCUGACCCCUCUGAGGGUCAGGCUGUUUUUGAACCGAGCUCUGAUCCUCUCUUUGUUUGUUAUUGUAUUGACUUUUCUUCGAGUUUUUUUUUUUUUUUUUAGAUAUUUUCCUCCCUCAGUUUAAUGAAAUUGUAUUUUGCUGUCAACAUGUCUUCCGAUAAUAUGAUCCUAUUGUUUAUGAAAUUGUUAUCCGUUAGAUUUUGUUUAUCAAGAUAUGCAUACAAAAUGGAAACGUUUGUCAAACGGAAGAGAAUGAAUUGUUGGCGACUGAUAUUUUACAAUUGAAUACAGUGCAUACAUAUCCAAUAACCACUGUCAAUGGUUAUUGUGCAGUGCAAUUAGCGCAUGCGAUUUAUGUGUAUAUGUUUUUUAUUUUUUUUAUUUUCUAAGAUGUGCCAGAAUAGAGGUUGCCAUACUUUCAGACAUAGAUAUAGUAUGUUUGCUCAUGUAAUAAAUGGGUUUUAUUUUUGUUAUCACUUGUGUAUGCCAUUAUUUAAUUGUGCCAUAAUAAUGAUAAUAUUUCAUACUCAAUUGAUUUUUUCAUUUGAAACUUUUGUUUUAGGGAAUAUGUAAUACAAAUAAUAGCAGAUAAAUAUGCAUAAACAUCUGCAUAGUCAUUUGCAUGGAGAUGUCUGCGUUGGAGUUUAUUUCCAUUUUAUGAUAAUUCAUUCUUAAAUUAAUUAGAUUCAAGUUUUUUUUAUUUCUUUUUCAUUUGAUUUUAGCAUAAAGAUUAUAAAGACAAUGUGAGAUAUAAUCACAAUUAUGAUGUUGAGAAAUGAAAGUUAAGCACAUUGUAUUAGUUUGACUAAGGUCAGUUGUUGGUACCAUUGAGUGUUAUUGUUUUACAACAUCAGUGUUCGUUGUGAUGCCCGUGUCAUUGUAUAUAGCAUGUGGGCGCAAUAUAGCAUUCGCACGUUAUUGCAUGUUGAAUCUCUAGUCAGUUUUACAUUUUGUAGUUUGAACCCUGUCCCAUGUAAUCGUCACCAGUGGUGCAAUGAUCGUCGUCAAAUUUCCAUCCUGUAGUCGUAAGGUAACAGUAUAAAUAUAUUGUCACCUGUUUUAAUUACUUGUACUUUUGAUGUAUUCUCUGUCAUUGUGUGAUUGAUAGACAUGGAAUCCAGACAUAUGAUAACCAUAGGUACACAAUUACCCUGGAUACAAGACCUAUGGUUACCAAACAUACGCUACCAUGACAACCAAACACAGGAUUAUAAUACAAAUACUCAUUACCCUGAAUUCUAAACUCAUGAUUCCCAAACAUACAUUACCAUGGUGACCAGAUCCAUGAUUCCCAAACAUACAUUACCAUGGUGACCAGAUUCAUGAUUCCCAAACAUACAUUACCAUGGUGACCAGAUUCAUGAUUCCCAAACAUACAUUACCAUGGUGACCAGAUUCAUGAUUCCCAAACAUACAUUACCAUGGUGACCAGACUCAUGAUUCCCGAACAUACAUUUCCAUGGUGACCAGAUUCAUGAUUCCCAAGCAUGCACUACCAUGGCGACCAGACCUGUAAAGAGCCAGUUCGGACCUGUAAUACACAAAACAUUUUAACGCAGCCACGAUUAACAAAUCUUGAUACACACUCAUACUUUAUUUGAAUUUAAUCAGAGAUUUUGGGAACACAUCUUUUUUCGUAAGGUAUUCAAAACUCUUACUAGAAUUAGCACCGUUUAUGUUAUUCAGUCCCCGAAAAUGAAAUCCUUUUCAUGUGACCUAUAUUAUACUUACCAGGUGGGCGUGGCCAUUGUUAUAUAUAAGCAUCGCAUGCAUUUAUAUGUCCACUGCUUUUUCAUGGAGUUUACUUCCAUUUUACCUUAUUGAGGUACGUAUCGUGUCCGAUGACUAGCCUAUGUCUCUAUAUGAGUACGGAGAUUGAAAAAUGAAAUGAACUUCGUGCAGUGAAGGAUUGCCUUUGACCAUAUUUAGAUUAUUGAUUCAAGUUGAUUGUUUUAACUCAAUUUACUUUAACACAAUUUAUUUUCAUGAGAUAAAUUCGCACAUUUAUCAAAUUAAAUGCAUAUGAUUCGUGCCAAUAUUAAUUUACAUGUAUUUCCAACUUGAAAACGUAAAUUUAAAAAAUAUUUUCUGGUUGUAAUUAACAGUUUUUUUCUAAUCAUCAACGUUUGAUUUCUGGCAGUUCGUUUUGAGGCAAGGACGUUGUGUACCGUGUUAGACGCAUGCUUUAAUAAACUGUAUCUACAUAUAUACCAAAUGUUACAAUAAAAGUGUGUAUUUAGUUA